AUGUCUCGCCGUAAAUCGGAGGCCACAAAGGCACUGAGUGUAGAAGAAGCAUCCCUACGGGAACGUCCUGUAUGGAAUGACACACUGCGGGGAAUCCUGGUAGCUCUUGUCAAGGAUAGACGUGCUCUAUGGGAUGCACGCUUUCGAACCAGCAAAGAGAGAACCAUGUACUAUUUUCGCGAAAUUGCCGAUAUUCUUUCGAACCAGGAUAUACGCAUGAAUGAAUGGUCUGUUCUCGAAAAGUGGUGUUGGAUGGUGGAGAUGUACAUGCGAGCUGUAGAAAGACCAUCUUUUGAAUGGCGCUUCAAAGGAGUCAUGGGAUUCCAUAACGAAUUUGGAGCAAAUGGUGUGCAGUACUUAGGCAGCCUUACACCAGAAGUUCUGAUAGAACUGACAACCCUUUACGCGGAAACUGAAGCAGAGUUGCAGGAGAUAAAGACUGAGCUGAACAAAAAUUCCAGAAAAGGAUGUGGAACGUAUCGAGCGGAUAUGAUGAUUUACCACAAAUCAAAAACCAGUUCCGUCGAUUCUGAAGCAGUUCGGCCAAAAGCAACUGCCAAAAGAGGUCGUCCUCGAAGAGUCCCAACGGUGGUGCCAGAACGUGCUCUUUCAGAUAUAGUGAAUGCAAAAAACAGCAAAGGAUUAGAGGAAGAACAAGUUGUUCGCCCCAAACUAACGAAUGGAAAAUCUGUAACUAUCAAACAAGAAAAUCCUGAUCGCCAAAGUUUACCAGACAAAAGCCAAAGUGGUGUUUCUGGAGACCCCGAUGUUGCUUCGGUGGUCGAAAAAAAUAUGAAGACGACUAUGGAUGAAAAUGCAGACGUACCUCGUUCUGCAACCUCUGCUUUGAUUUGGUCAACAGACAUGGUGGAUCAGCUCAUUCGAUGCGUGAAAGAGAUCCCAGCAUUGUGGCACUAUGAAAGAAUGCACAGCUUGCCCGGAGCAGCUGCUAUAAAUGAGGACCACGUGUCAGAGAAAUGGAAACAACUUUGCGAUAGUUUCAACCAAGAACUAAAGAAAAUGAAACAAGAAGGGAACAACAGCGCGGAGCACCACCACCGUUUGCAUUUUCUUACGCCAGAAGUUAUGUCUACAUCUAAAUUUGAGGACUUAGCCAAUGGUCACGAAGCAUUAGCAACGAGUUCAGCUGAUCUCUCUAUAGAUGUACAGUCCCAAAUAAAUAAGAUCCUAGGAUGCAUCCCUGAGCUUGCCAAACGCAAGGAAAUAGGAGGCGUGGCAAACAAAAAACCGAAGCUCGAUUGUAACUCUCAGAACUCUGUAAAAACUCAUAUUGAGUUGGAUACUAUCCCUCAUGUUCAACAGGUGGUAUCUACUUGGGUUCCACCUCGAGAAGAUUCCUUGGAUACUGUUUUGCAGUCAUUUUCGUCCACUCCUCCAACUGCUACAGCUCAAGUUACGGUGAAGAACGACAUUGCACACAUUCUACAAAAUCCUUCACCUCGUAUAAGCAUGAACGGCUCUAAAAUUGGUUACGGAGAAUUUGUGGAAGAACACUCUGUGCGACCAUACGAAGACAAAUGGACACUAAUGGGUCGCAUGAUAGAAGAAACAGCGCGUGAACUGGAAGCAAAACAUUCUGAGUUGGCAUACCGUCUUCAGAAAGACAUUAACGAUGUCAUCUUCAAAUAUCAGCUUGAGAAUACUCUUGAUAUCAUCGAUGGACCGCUCUAUGCUAACAGUAUUUUCAUCCUAUACGCUGACCGUGAAGCGAAUAUCGAAGCAGAAAGAAGGGUAAUGUCAAGAAGCAUUAGGUACGUGGAACUGGAGCAUUCGGCUACAUCCGUCGCGUUAUGCUUGCAGAUCGUAACGUCACGUCGAAAUCGAAACAUUUCCUCAUGUCAAGACGAAAUUCAUUCGGUUCAGCAUCUUAAAUAG